GCGCAAAAAUAAACUAACAUUAACCAUUUUGACACAUUUUCUAUCUCCUUGCACCAGAUAUAAUAAAUAGUUUAAAUCCGUUAAGCCGCAGAAAGCUGUCAUUUGGUGUUCUUGGAUAAAACUGAGAAAAGCCAAGGAUUAUAAUGGAGGAUUGUCGACUUGGAGUUUACCGUGACAGUAUGAACGAUAACCCUUUGCUUAUGAAGUCAGAACUAGGUCGACCUCUUAAAAGAUGUUUUUCACUGCCGAGCGACAAGUUUAUCUAUGGGAGACCAAACCUCACACUGGAUGGUGGUGCUGCAGAAGCGAUGAUCACCAGGGAACCAAUUCCGAUCCACAAAAGGCGGGAAAAACCUCUUCAGCGAGAUUUUAUCGCUCUGAACAAAGGAGCGGUAACAUCAGGUCUGGUGUCAGCUAAGGAACAAGCGCAAUAUCGGGCCACUAAUGAUGUAAGAAGAAGAGUUACCGAAGAAGACAAAAUGAAGAUCCUCACCCGACGAAUUCCUCCAGACAUGACCUUUGGCAUCAGCACACGACCUUCGACCCCUGUAUUUGACCUUUUAGAGCACAAGUACCAGGAUAAGUGGCUUGCCACUCGAAGAGAAGCAGAGUUAGCAAAACGAGCUAGAACUGUCCAGCAGAAAAAACUUGAUGGGAAAAUAUACGAGACAAGAGCAUCCUUGCUAAGAAAAUACCAACCGCAAGUGGAAGACCCACCAUUGUGGCAGAUGCCUAAGUUCAAUAAGACUGCAGCGCACCUUGAAACAUUCAGAGCCCCCGAAAAGCGAUUGCAAGCUUUUAAACAUCACCAAACAGAUGCAACUUCACGCACCGGUGUUUUCGGUCAUGGCAUAUAUGAGGCAGCCAAGUGUUAAACAAGCUUUCUUUCCCCUCAAGCCAAUGUGAAAUUAUAAAUAAAACAUAUAUUUGUCUAUGUAGAACCAAAAAAGUACGUAUCCAAUGCUUUUUGGGUGCAUUUUGUGCAGCACUUUACUUGCAUGUUUCUCAUGUUUUCUUAGAUUUUUUUUUACUGAGCAUGAAAUCCUAGUGCCAUAAAUGAUACGUCUGUUUUACCAUCUGUAUGUAAAAGUAACAUAUUGCAAAACAAUUUUUUAAGUCAUGCA